AUGACGAGAAGGAGGUCAGACAAUGGUUUGAUCAUCUUGCUAGCGGCGAUUCACUUCUCGGCUUUUGUCGUUGCUGUCGUGUCGGAUACUAUGGAAGGUAGUGAGAAUGAUCCUGUUGCUUUAGCGGCACUUAAGACCCAACGUCAGGAAUGUCUUGCAUCUCCACCGACGCAAAUUACAUUGAUGCAGAGCAAGUCGUCAUCUAGUGCAGCCUAUGUCAUAUAUCAAGACUGUGCUAUCUUAACUGUUCGAGCUGAUACUUUAGACGACGGUACGACGUCGAUGGAUGUAUCAGGACAGAAGGUUGAGGUUAUCAAAACUUUCCCUUCAGUCGACUCAUUAAAUCUCUCAGGCAAUAAGAUUAGAGAAAUUGAUCAAGUGAGCAAUACAUCGGUUUCGACACUGGAUCUCUCAAAUAAUGGAAUCACGACCAUGGACAAGAUUUCAAUACCCAAUAGUGUUACUGUCUUAAAUUUAGAUGGCAACUACCUUGCAGCUUUAUUAGAUGGCGAUAUUCCGAACACUGUGACGUCACUUUCAGUGCGAAACAACAGUCUCAUGUCAUUGCAAAGUUUCUGCUUGGGCGAUAAUAUGCAGAUUAUUGACAUCAGUAACAACACAAUUUUUAAGCUCUUUAGCUGGGAUAUGCCAUCCAAGUUGCAGACAUUUCGAUGUCAAAACUGUGGUAUCAAAGUUGUUGCUGGGGUCUCAUUCCCAUCCGUCACUUCUCUCUCGACAUUUGACCUUCGAGGUAGCAAUCUCGAAAUUUUUGAAGUUGCCAACUGUAGUGUUUCGAUUCUUAACGCUGUCCGAGACCUAACAGUUACGACAGUUGGACACAAUUGCACUGAUUCUCGUGCUUCACGAGUUGUUGCUCGUUCGAUGCACCUUUGUGUGCUUCCCGAUUCAUAUUUCAGCGACAAGUUCUUUGUCGUCGAUUCUGAGGACUCGGAAGUAUCGAAAAGUACUGGCAAUAUGGCAACAGGGGCAGAAAGUAGUGGUCAUGGCGGCUACUUUAGCAACUGGAUGAUGUUGGCAAUGACUUGUUUAGCAGCAAUGUUGGUGUGCAUUGUUGGAGGUGUCGUCUUUGUCAUUUUUCGACGACGAAAUAAAGAUCGAGAUGUUGAACUUAAGGAAGCUGAAACUCUGGAAUUUGACCCUGACACUUCAUCAUCGUUUAAAGUGCCGAAAUAUUUACGAAGUCGUUCAACUGAAUUUUCACGCACAGGUCGCACUGAUUCAAUUCCUGAUAUGACACUUAGUAGAUCUGCCGCUACUUUUGUUUUCAAUGAUAUUCGUACCGAUGAUGAUAUUUUACAGCAUCGAUUGCUACAAGAAGAAGUUGUACGGGGUAAAUUACUUGCAAAAGGAGGGUACGGAGCUGUGUACCUGGCUACAUUUCAGAAUGAAACUGUGGUAACCAAACAAUUAUUACCUGAACGUGCACGUGACAAACAUUGUCUAAGUGCCUUUUUGGAUGAAAUUCGUCUCUACUCAACAUUAAUUCAUCCCAAGAUUGUACGUUUUAUUGGUGUCACGUGGAGUUCGUUGCUGGAUAUUAGUCUUGUGAUGGAACAUAUGCUCCAUGGUGACUUAAGCACUAUGUUGCAAGAACAAUACGAACGAGAAAGUUGUGAUGAAGUUGCGCGAACGCAGUAUGGAUGGUUUUAUUCUAGACAACCUGUGAAAACUAAAACUCUUUUAGCACUUGAUAUUGCUGAAGCGUUGGUCUAUUUACAUUCCUUCGAAAGUCCAAUCAUUCAUCGUGAUUUGAAACCGAGAAACGUACUAUUAAGUGAGACAUGGGAAGCAAAACUUACCGACUUUGGUAUAAGUCGAGAAUUGGAUGAAGAUCAGACUAUGACGGCUGAGAUUGGUACAGUCUCGUGGAUUGCACCAGAAGUAUUACGAGAUGGAAUACCAGGCGAAAGUAAUCAUGGCACAGAUAACAAGACAUCAAAUACUCGAAUUGCAGUAUUGGUAAGCGCUGGCACAUUACGACCGUCUGUGCACAAUGAUUGUCCUCGAAGUGUACGUAACUUGGUAAAUAAAUGCUUAGCAUUUGAUCCUGACGAUCGACCGUCAGCGCUGCAAAUCCAUUACGAGCUACGAAAUUUGGAGCUUGAGAAUGAACGACUAGCAUCUGCACGACGUCGAUCACAGCGUCAUUCAAGUCGGAUAGGCGUAAGGUAG